AUGUUAAAAAGAUUAUUCUAAAGGUAACAGUAAUUAUCAACGAAAAACACUUUAUUCAUGCUCUCUCAUUUUGUCUCUAAAAUUUCUUAUGAAUAUUUAUGUAUCUUAGAAUUGUUGAGUGAAAAUAGUGGAUUAAAUUAUGGGAAUAUUGUAGAAUUUCACAUUUCUAAUUUUUUAGAUGAGAACUUAAAGUGAGUUUUAUGAAGAUUAUCGACAAUUUUUUAUGAACUUUGGUUAGGUUAUCGGAAUAGUCUAAGCCAAAAUAGAAAGUAUUGAGAUUAAACAAAUGUUUUUUUAAUUUAAAAGGAAAUUGUUUAAUUGACCAAAUAAUUUCCAGAUCCCCAAAUGAGAUAAGCUGUUAUUAAGAUUUUUAGGCGGAAAAGAUGAAAUAGCCAAUUAAAAAUGAAAAUAUAAUAUCAUAUUUGAAAAAACAACCUUUUAUAGACAUUGAACAAAUUGGUAUUGUUAUAGAUUAAUGA